AUGGUGAACCAGGUGAACCAGUCUCAGGUGUUGCUGCUGACAGGUUUCAGGGAGCUGGGCCAGCUCAGGUAUGUGUUCUUCAGCCUCACCUGUGCAGGUUACCUGUUGAUCCUGGUUCUGAACAUUUCUGUGCUGGUUCUGAUCUGCGCUAAGCCCCGCCUCCACCAGCCCAUGUACAUCCUAUUGGCCAACCUGCUGCUCAACACUCUGAUUGGCUGCGCUGCGUUUUACCCCAAGCUGCUGCUGGACCUGCUGAGCGGCCGGCAGCAGGUGUCCAGGCGUGGCUGCCUGCUGCAGGCCUUCUGGGUCCACCUGUACGUGUCGGUGGAGUGUAACGUCCUGACGGUGAUGGCGUUGGAUCGCUACGCCGCCGUGUCGCGGCCUCUAACCUAUCACAGCCUGCUGAGGCCCUCCACGGUGCUGCAGCUGCUGCUGGGGGCGUGGCUUCUACCUGCCGCCGCCUACACCUGUCUAAUUGGCCUGAGCAGCCGGCUGCCGCUGUGUGGCUUCCAGGUAAGCCGGACGUUCUGCGACAACAGGUCCAUCACUCACCUGUCCUGUGUGGACGUGUCCCUCAUCGGCGGCGUGGAGCUGCUGCUGGCCGCCGCCGUCGUCUUCCUGCCGCUGCUGCUGAUCUUCGGCUGCUACGUCCAGAUUCUGGCCGUCAGCUUCCGGCUGUCCAGCAGCGGUCGUCCCAACAAGGCGCUGGCCACCUGUGUGCCUCACCUGGUCACCUACGUCAGCCUGGUCAGCAGCAUCGUGUUCGAGGUGGUGCAGCCGGCGCUGGCCAACAGGAACCUGCCGCACGCCCUCCGGGUCGUCAUGUCCAUGGAGGGCUUCCUGCUUCCGCCGCUGCUCAACCCGCUGAUCUACGGAGUCAACCUGCCCGAGAUCAGACACGAAUUCACACACCUGUUCACACGCAUGUUCACCACCACACGCAGGAAGUGA